AUGUUCGGCGCGUUGAAUCGCAUUAUUGGCAGACUUGAUCCCGAAGCAUCGAACCCGCCUGGCGGAACUACUGGAGACAGUGCAUAUGGCUUUCAGGUACUGCGAAAUACGGAUCCCGACCUUCCUCUAGAGCCUUGGUUUGAUUUCAUCAUCGGUAUAAAUAGUCACGCUAUAGUAGGGAACUGUCGUCCCUUCUUGAAGGAAGCUAAACUCAUGUUUAAUCAUGGACAGGAUAAUCCCGACCCUCACCUUUUUUCAACAGAAGUGCGCAAUUGUGCAGGGUCCAACGUCACAUUGGAGGUGUGGAGUGCAAAGGGCCAGCGGACACACAGCAUACACGUUCCCGUUCCAUCAGAAAAGCCCACACUUGGUCUUUCCCUCCAACUCGCACCGCUCUCAUCAACACAACAUAUCUGGCACGUAUUAUCCAUCCCUUCGCCUUUAAGCCCUGCAUAUGUAGCUGGCCUUCUACCGCAUUCGGAUUACAUCCUGGGAACACCGAGUGGGACGUUGAAAGGCGACGCGGCGCUGGGAGAGCUUGUUGAAGAUCAUCUUAACAGAAGUCUCACAUUAUGGGUAUAUAAUAGUGAAUUUGAUGUUGUCAGGGAGGUAGAAAUAGUCCCGAAUCGCAAUUGGGGCGGGGAAGGCGCUCUCGGAGCCGAGCUAGGCUACGGGGCUCUUCAUAGACUUCCCGUUGGUUUGGGAGAGGAGAUUGAAGGCCCAGGAGAAGUCGUAUUUGAUACAAGACAGGGCGGUGCACAUCUCGCUAUACAGAGCCCGAUUCCUUCUUCUGAGGGACACUUUUUGGUUCCAGCAGAGAUGACAUCUCCACCUCCGCUAUGGACACAUACCACAACGCCCAGCCCUCAGAGCGUGUCUGGAAAACACGGACGGAAACCUCGCCACCCACACGCAGCGCCGGCAUCUUUAGAUGACUACUUCCGUGAGGGUGAGCAGCAGAGUAAAGAGCAGGACUUUGUCCCGGCACAAGCUGGAACUUCAAUUCCUCCUCCACCCAAAGCUGCUGAGCCGGCCAAUGGGCCUCUAACGUCGCCUGACAAGGAAUAUGCCCCAAUAACAUAG